AUGGCACAGAUGUCUUCCGAAACGCUAAGAGACGCUAAGAGACGCAAAGGUACGUCUUGGCAGAAGCGUACGCGAAUUGACCAUCUUGUCCUCGAAAUCGACCCUGCCGGGAACAUAAGCCCAACCCUCCGGCUCCCUUGGCCUACACGUUAUCACUUACACCACAUGGUCUCUCGGCUUGGUACCCUCUUCACAAGAACACUCCCAUCCUCAGCCCGGCCUACAUGGUGUUGGCACCUCAGUCGCCAGAAACGAGUGCACACUUCCGAUUCGCCCAACCAUCAAAUCCCGGUCUUCCACAGUGCCAACAGCACCACGUAA